AUGAAGCUUCAAUGGCUUCGCGAUAGCUUCUUUGGGCAGUGUGUUCGUCAUUUUUGGACACCCUCCUGGGCCAAAUACCCCGAGGAAUCCGCGAACUGGUUAGAAGAAUGCAAAUUCGAUAGUGCCGACCAACAUCAGAAGACCAUCCAUGUGAAUUGGUACUCCGAAAAUGAUGAAGACAAUCCACAACUUUGGCCCCAGGCAAAAAAGGCAUUUGUCGCUGGAGUGAUUGGUGCUUACAGCUUCGUGGUGUACAUGUCCGCGCCGAUAUAUACCCCGAGCGAGAGCGCGUUCAUGGAAGAGUUCCACGCAAGCAAUUCCGAGGCCUCUCUUGGACUUGCACUUUACGUGCUUGGUUAUGGCACAGGGCCCCUAUUUUUCAGUCCCCUGAGUGAAAUCCCUCGCAUCGGACGGAACAUUCCGUACGUCAUAUCGUUCGCUCUAUUUUGUAUCAUCAGUAUACCAACGGCAAUUGCGCCGAAUGCGAGCGGGUUUUAUGUUUUGCGAUUUCUACAAGGGUUCUUUGGCAGUCCAUGCCUAGCAACCGGCGGCGCAUCUAUCGCAGACGUCUAUUCAUCUGAUGUCCUGCCGCAUGCGAUGACAACAUGGGUAUUUUGUAUCUUUUGUGCCCCUGCUAUUGGCACUCUCGUAUCCGGGUUUGCGAUUCCGGUGCUUGGCUGGCGCUUUUCGAUGUGGGAGAUUCUGAUGGCAGCUGCUCCGAUUCUUCUUCUACUUUUACUGUUGCCCGAAACCAGCCCCGCAACGAUUCUACACCGACGUGCACGAAGAUUGGAAAAGAUCAAUACGUCGAAAGCUCAAAUAUAUCAGACUGCAGCCGAUGUUGCUCAGAAAGAUCUUUCUUUCCACAAGGUAGUUCGAGAGUCGCUACUCAUUCCCUUGAGAAUCACACUUCUCGAUCCAGCGAUUCUGUUUUUGAAUUGCUACACCUCUCUCACUUACGGUAUCUAUUAUUCUUUCUUUGAGGCUUUUCCAAUUGUUUAUCAAGGGAUAUACGGUUUCAAUCUGGGCGAAAUGGGUGCUGCCUUCCUUGCUAUUGUCGUCGGCACAGUCAUUUCGUUCGUCAUAUACAAUCUGUACAUCCAUCAGACCUUCAUCCCAUCUGCAAGAAAUGGGGCACUUAAAAACCCAGAAGAUGUACUGGUACCUGCGCUCUUCGCAUGCUUCGGACCUUCAAUCGGCCUCUUUCUUUUCGGGUGGGCUGCCCGAUCAGAGGUGCACUGGAUCGUGCCAACGAUUGGAAUCGUCAUUUACCCUGCAUGCGUGUUUAUCCUGAUGCAGUGUGUUUUCCUAUACAUUCCUGAUUGCUAUCCGCAAUAUGCUGCGAGUGUUUUCGCUGCUACUGACUUCACUCGGAGUGCAUUUGCUUGCGGUGCGGUUAUCUUCUCUCGGCCUCUUUAUGUGAACCUCGGAAUUGGCCCAGGCUGCAGCCUGCUUGCAGGAUUGACAAUUGGCUGUGUUUUGGGGAUACACGUGCUGUAUAGAUAUGGUGAGGCAUUGCGUCUGAGAUCUAAAUUUGUCUCUAAAUGGUGA